AGAGGCAGCUGAAGCAGUGCAGAGGAAAAAGGGCAGAGGUACCACAUCCCUGUUUCUGUUAAGUAUCUCUCCUCCCAGAAUUUCAGUGGUCAGCUGCGCCUGGAGCGAUGAAAGUGCAUUUGCUGGUCCUUCUGCUGUCGCUGUCUGUGAGUGUGCAGGCCUUACGGAGGGUUACCUUGAAAAAAAUGCCCUCCAUUCGAGACACUCUUAAGGAGAUAGGUUUUACACCAGCACAAGUGUUUGCCGAACUUGCGCAGAAACUGGACGUCAUCAGCUCAUCCCCUAGCAAUGGAACAACACCUCUAACCAACUAUCUAGAUACUCAGUACUUCGGGGAGAUCAGUAUUGGUUCACCAGCGCAGAUGUUCAACGUUGUGUUUGAUACGGGUUCUGCCAACCUUUGGGUGCCAUCACAUAUGUGUUCUCCACUAUACACAGCCUGCUUCACUCAUAACAGAUAUGAUGCCUCCAAAUCUAACACAUACGUUCACAAUGGAACAGGAUUCUCCAUCCAAUACGCAUCUGGAAAUGUUCGGGGAUUUCUCAGUGAGGAUAUAGUAGUGGUGGGGGGUCUCCCAGUGGUGCAAGUGUUUGCAGAGGCCACAGCUCUUCCAGCCAUUCCUUUUAUUUUCGCAAAGUUUGACGGAGUACUGGGAAUGGGCUAUCCGAAUGUGGCCAUCGAUGGCAUCACACCAGUGUUUGAUCGCAUCAUGUCUCAGCAUGUACUGAAAGAGGAAGUUUUCUCUGUGUAUUACAGCAGGGACCCCCAGCGCAUUCCAGGGGGAGAGCUGGUGUUGGGGGGCACAGAUCCAAAUUAUUACGCAGGCUCCUUCAAUUACAUUCCCACCAAAGGGGAGGGCAAGUGGGAGGUCAUCAUGAAGGGUGUGUCUGUGGGGACAGACAUGUUAUUCUGCACAGAAGGCUGUACGGCUGUGAUUGACACAGGUUCCUCCUUCAUAACUGGCCCUGCCUCCUCAGUCUCCACCCUGAUGAAAAGUAUUGGUGCUGUUGAGCUGGCAGAGGGUGAAUAUACUGUGAACUGUGACCUGGUCAUGUCCUUGCCCACUGUGGCCUUUCACCUUGGUGGUCUGGAGUAUCCUCUCACACAGGAAGACUACAUUCUCUGGCAGUCACAAUUUGGAGAGGACAUCUGCACUGUGACAUUCAGAGCACUGGACAUACCACCUCCUACUGGUCCUGUCUGGAUAUUGGGAGCUAACUUCAUUGCCCGGUACUACACAGAGUUCGACCGAAGGAACAACCGCAUAGGCUUUGCUCAAGCAGUGUGACAGCUGCCAGGACCCACCAGAAAUUUCCUGCUACCACACCACAUGCAUGUUACUACCACCAGAUUACAGUCAUUUCCAUCUAAAAUAUUUUGCGGUAACCCAUAAUUACAAUUCAGAUAAUGCCUGAACUGAUAUGACGCAUGUUGACAAUUCUGGUUCUUGCCUCUUUCUCUUGUAAUGAUCAGUCAUGAUUUAAAUGUUUUUAUAUAUGUUGUGAGUAAAUGAAUUUAAAAUUGCAUCCCCACAAAAUUUUUGUGUGCAACGAGGAUAAUUUUGUCCUGGAAGAAAUAGGAAAAGGAUUUUUUCACAGAUUCUGCAUUUGGACACCUAAUCUCCUGCCUAACCAUGUCCCCCUCAAGGUUAUCAUCAGAGUUAAUUUGGACUGACAUAAUGUUUUUUUGAAAUCAGGAUGAUGUUUUAGAUAUGUCCUACACUAAUCAAGCUCCUGUUCCCUUGAUAGUACAGGAGUGCAGGAUACAAUUUACGACAUCCAUCUGGGGCUAAAUCCACUGCAGCACAAUGGCCUCCAUUAAGGAUGGUUACCCGAGAAUCGCGAAACUUUAGAUGUUUUAGGCAACUGGGCUCUGUACUAUUGAUCAUACUCCCAUGGCAUUGCCCUGCUAAAAUGUGAAGAAAGUCUAGCAGUUCUGAGCACUCACAGAACUAACAAAACACUUGAAAACCUGGCUGAUUAUCUCCCCACUAGUUGUCUUGUUUCCAGCCAUAUGGAGAUCUACAAAUACAGAACAUUCUGGGCUCCAGCUACUAGCCGAUAGUAUCCAAAAGCACUUGACUGACGGGUCUCAAAACUGCAUCAGCUGUUUUCCUCUACUAGGAGAAAUAUAUCCCCAACUGACAAAGUAUUUAUGAAAAAAAUUUGUUUAGACAGGCUCACGUCAAUGAAAAUUCACAUGGCUGACUGAAAAUCAAGCUGGCUUGUCUAUCUUCCUCUUAAAGGGGGAUUUUAGGCUAUUUCACUUGUCAACAGCUACUUAGUGAUAUACUGUCUAGGAACUGAGAGUGCUAGUACAAACCCUCGACAGUCUCCAACUUCACUUGGAGCUUGAUGGGAAGGCCUUAUUCUAAGGAUUUAUAUCAUGAAUGGACAUUUGCUACUUUGAAGAGUGCUGUGUUUAAUCAAAACGUCAGAAUCAAAAUGCAGGCUUACUUUUAACAAUAUUCUCUUUAAUAUACUAUUUCAGCUGCUUUCUUAAAAUUCGUGUGUUUGUUUCUAUUGUUAUGGUCUCUUUGAUCAUUUACAUUUAAUCUGGUUAGUAUUUGAAACGUAACAUUUUACAGAAUUUUUGCAUAAAAUAGGCUCUGGUGUGUGAAUAAAGAGUGUUUAAUUAAC